CAGGGCUCACCUCGGAUAGCUUGUUCACUGACAUCUUGACGGCGCUGGAGAGCAAUGGACGAGCACACGCCGUUAAUACAGUCGGUAGACCGACCGGUGGAUGACCCGGAGAGGCUGCCACAAGCCAAAGGAGAAACCAGGUCCGGUGUGGACAUGGUCUUCUUUGCGAUUGCUGUGUUAGGUAUAUUUCUGGCUAUUGGUGACGAAUACUUCGUCUUCACUACGAGUGGCCAUAUCGCGUCGGACUUUCAUCGUCUUUCCCUUGCGCCUUGUCUCAUCACGGCAUACAAUCUAGGAUACUCCGUCACACUUCCUAUGUACGGACGCGUCUGUGAAAUAUACGGUUACAAAAUAACUCUGCUGGUAGCCUAUCUUGUGUUCACUGUCGGGUGCAUUAUUAGUGGCUCAGCGCCUUACCUCGGACUUGUAAUCGCUGGUCGAUUCGUUGCUGGUGUGGGUGGUGCUGGCAUGACUGACUUGAUCAGCGUGGUCAUUACAGAAAUGGCCCCGUUAAGAGAAGUCGCUGUACUUCGAUCCUAUUUACAGAUGUCCUCAACUCUCGGUGUCACCAUAGGAUCUUCAAUUGGUGGCGUUUUGACCGACCUUUUAGGAUGGAGAUGGUCCUUCCUAAUCAAAGUUCCCCUAGGAAUUUUCUGCUUUGCCAUGGCCGCAUGGCGAUUGCCCUCUGCUUCGAAACGUGGAUAUUCGAACGCCAAAGAGGGAGGAGAAUUAGAUGAAUCAAAACCGGAUCUGAACUUACCAGGCAUUUGUCUGUUAGGCAUGGUUAUCGCGGCCAUAAUGGGAGUUUGCCAGCUCGCGUCGGAAGAGUUGCCCCAAAAAAACAUACUCAUGACGAUAUCAGUCGGUACCGUUGUCGUUGGAGGAGUCUUAUUCUGCUUGAACGAACGCUAUUGGACAAAGACCGCACUGAUCCCGCUGUCUCUCUUGAAAACAAAUGGCAUUGGUCUCGCCUACAUCGCACAACUGCUGACAAUGUUCACUUUUUGCGGGUUCUCGAGUAACUUCAGCGACUUUUGGGUCCGAACCAAGAACACUUCUGCGAGCCUGGCGGCCUUGUCGAUAUUUCCCCUGGCCACGGCUGGUACUUUGAGUGGCCUUAUUGUCGGCAGUAUUGUGCGCCGAACUGGAAAAUACAAAUCUCUCUCGAUCAAAUGUUGUUUGGCGAUGAUAUUGGGAAACAUUCUUCUGGCCGUUCGACUACCUCAAGGCCCUCAUUACUGGGAGGUUCUCUUCACUGUCAUUGUAGGCAUUGGCAUGGGAGGAUUCUUCGCAGUAACGUUCGUCGGAUUAUCAGCCUCGAUUCCCGAUAAGAUGUCCGCUACCGCAAUGACGUUGUACUACUUGGCGCAGCAGCUGGGAAUGAUGAUGGGUAUUAGCGCGGCUUCCGUAACCUGUCGGAUGGUAUUCAGAGCAUAUCUUGAGCGGAAACUUGCCGAUUUUGUGGAUUCAGUUCAGAUCAUUCACCAUGUUCUGAGUGACAGUCGUUUCGGAUUUUCUUUGCCGGAACCAUUACAGACCAUGGUAAAAGACUGCUUUUUCCAAGCCUUCCGGGUUGUCCCAGUCAUGACUUCGAUUAGCAUAAUAUUAGUGUUGCCUAUUCUGUGCUAUUUGCCCGAGCGCUCAUUGGAUUGAUCUAUACGACUGCUAUCAUACAAACUUGAUUCAAACACCAACCUUGGUACAGACCAUUUUUCAAAGGUCCUCUUAGGAAUGA